UUAUAUUAGUGCAGAACACUGUACCUUUAAUUUAAAUGCCCUUGGAGUCUGCUGGGGAAGAGAAAUAAUACUGUCAGUCAGUAUGACAUGCAGAUGAGUGCCGUCGAUCUUAGAAUCACCGCACACUUCACUCAUUUGGGCAGUCACGGGGCCAAAACCAGAGUGUGGAGCCACAGUGUGGCGGUGGAGGCAGCAGCAAUGGGAGGCCAUACAGCACCCUAUGACAAAAUGGAACCCACCAGCAGUGUGAGGAGACCUGAAAGUGGCACAUGGCAGAGUGUGGCGAUGGAGACAGCAGCAAUGGGAGGCCGUACAGGGACCCAUGACACACUCUGGACCUGGCAGCAGCAUGAGGAGGCGGUACAGGGGCCCAUGACAGAUUACGGGCCUGGCAGCAGCAUGAGGAGUCGGUACAGGGGCCCAUGGCAGAGGAUGGAUCUGGCAGCAGUAUGAGAAGGCGGUACAGGGGCCCAU